GGUUAGCGCUUCCGGGGUCGAAGGGUGCGCGGGGUUGAAAGCAGGCCGCUCCGCCCCGUCCCCCUCCCAGACCAGCAGAGGCAGCAGCCGGAGCAGCCGCAGCCUGCGCCCUCUCCCGCCCGCCCGCCCUCCGCCCGCCCGCCCGCCCUCCGCCGCCCUCCACCCGCCCCGGGGUCUCUUUCCCCCUUCCUCCUCCUCCUCCUCCACCCCCCCUUCCUCCUCCGCCCGCCCGCGGGGCCCCCCUCGCCUUCCCGCCCGCCCCUAUUGUUCCGCCCCCGGCCUCCCGCCCUUCCCCUUCCCGCCCGCUCCCCUUUUCCCCUCAGUCGCCUCGCGCCUGCAGUUUUUGGCUUUCACCCCCAACCAGUGACCAAAGACUUGACCACUCAAAGUCCAGCUCUCCAGAACACUGCUCGACAUGGACACCGGUGUGAUUGAAGGUGGAUUAAAUGUCACUCUCACCAUCCGGCUACUUAUGCAUGGAAAGGAAGUUGGCAGUAUCAUCGGAAAGAAAGGAGAAUCAGUUAAGAAGAUGCGCGAGGAGAGUGGUGCACGUAUCAACAUCUCAGAAGGGAAUUGUCCUGAGAGAAUUAUCACUUUGGCUGGACCCACUAAUGCCAUCUUCAAAGCCUUUGCUAUGAUCAUUGACAAACUGGAAGAGGACAUAAGCAGCUCUAUGACCAAUAGCACAGCUGCCAGUAGACCCCCGGUCACCCUGAGGCUGGUGGUCCCUGCUAGUCAGUGUGGCUCUCUCAUUGGAAAAGGUGGAUGCAAGAUCAAGGAAAUACGAGAGAGUACAGGGGCUCAGGUCCAGGUGGCAGGGGAUAUGCUACCCAACUCAACUGAGCGGGCCAUCACUAUUGCUGGCAUUCCACAAUCCAUCAUUGAGUGUGUCAAACAGAUCUGCGUGGUCAUGUUGGAGUCCCCCCCGAAGGGCGUGACCAUCCCGUACCGGCCCAAGCCGUCCAGCUCUCCGGUCAUCUUUGCAGGUGGUCAGGACAGGUACAGCACAGGCAGCGACAGUGCGAGCUUUCCCCACACCACCCCGUCCAUGUGCCUCAACCCUGACCUGGAGGGACCACCUCUAGAGGCCUAUACCAUUCAAGGACAGUAUGCCAUUCCACAGCCAGAUUUGACCAAGCUGCACCAGUUGGCAAUGCAACAGUCUCAUUUUCCCAUGACGCAUGGCAACACCGGAUUCAGUGGCAUUGAAUCCAGCUCUCCAGAGGUGAAAGGCUAUUGGGCAGGUUUGGAUGCAUCUGCUCAGACUACUUCUCAUGAACUCACCAUUCCAAACGAUUUGAUUGGCUGCAUAAUCGGGCGUCAAGGCGCCAAAAUCAAUGAGAUCCGUCAGAUGUCUGGGGCGCAGAUCAAAAUUGCGAACCCAGUGGAAGGAUCUACUGAUAGGCAGGUUACCAUCACUGGAUCUGCUGCCAGCAUUAGCCUGGCUCAAUAUCUAAUCAAUGUCAGUUUAGAAAACGCUAAACCCUCCUCCCAGGCAGCCUCCGUCACGAUCCCUGAUCACCUCAGCAUCAACCUCUCUCAACCCUCCACCCCUUCUUCUUCUUCCUCCUCCACCACCACCCCCUCGCUCGCCACAGCGGGGACCUCCGACGCACCCUCCAGCCUCCCCAACCCUCUUCCGACCGCCCCUUGUGUCUCCAGUCUGCUUGGCAUGAAACCCAUCCCUCUCCUGGCUCUAAAUGUUGUGUCUGCUGCUAAGGGUACCGGGGCUUCAGCUACCACCACCACCACCUCUGCCGUGCCAUGUGUAACUAACAAACUGAAAGGCGAGAAACAGAGAUUCUCUCCCUACUGAUUGCAUAUCUUGAGGCACCUCCUCCAGUAUUAUUUUGUUCAUUUUGUUUUCCCUUGUUAACAUUGGUGAGAAUGAAACUAUUGUGAGCUUGUUACCGUUUCCUUUUUACUACUUUGGGGGAUAACUGGGUGGGGGUGGGGGAGUGGUAACCCUUGUUUAGGUUUAGGCCAUUUCAGCUGAGUGCCUGUUUCAGGGUCUGACUUGAAUUCUUUAUCUAGAGCCACAGUUUUCUCUUCUUUCUUGUUUGUUACUUUUCUUUGUAGCUUUAUUCUGCCUUGCAAUAUUACAAUGUGUUAGGCUCUGUGUUAAUGAAUAAAAGCUGCUUCGUUAACUUUUUUUUUUUUUUUAAGAAUUAUUUAAUGGUUAAGCUAUCAGCAGGCCUUCUUGGCCAUAUUUGUGUUUCUAGCUGUAAUAAAGUUGGCGCAGUAAGAACCUUA